AUGGCCUCCCAAGACAGCACCGACAAAUUCCCCAACUUCCUCGAAGCUAUGGCCUCAAUCUACAGGCCGCUCCCCUCCUCGACAGAUCCACAACUCACUUCCUGGACUCCUCCUCCCGCAGCAGAAGGUCACCGCGGCCGCUACCUCUGGACCGACGGCUUCGCAGUGGUAAACUUUCUGACACUCUAUAAUCUAACCCACGAAACACGCUAUGUCACAUUCGCGCGAAAUCUGAUCACCGCGGUGCACAGCAUCCUCGGGUAUACCCGGGACGGAACCUCGCGUCUACCAGGCGCCACAGAAGAAGAACCCCUGAAAGGCGGACUGCGGAUCGGCAAACACGACGAAUCCGGUCCGGACGGCGAUGGGCAAUAUUUCCACUACUUGACCGUGUGGAUGUUCGCGCUGAACCGGUUCACCUUCGUCACGGGCGAGAAGUGGUACAACGAGCAAGCCAUUUCUAUGGCGAAAGCAAUUCUGCCAAAGUUCAUGACGAACCGCGCCGCAGCACGGCCGCGCAUGUUCUGGAAGCUGAGUACCGAUCUCUCCAGCCGGUUGGUCUUGUCGGAGGGAAACCUCGAUCCGAUCGACGGUUAUGUCACAUAUAAGCUCCUUCAGGCCACUCAUGGCGCGGGCUCGGAAGUCUUGAAAGAGGAGAUUGCGCUGCUCAAGAAAAUCGUUGAUACAAAAGUCGAGAGUUACGGCUCGACGGACACACUCGAUCUGGGCAUGACAUUGUGGACUGCGCACUGGCUCGUUCCAGAAGAAGAAUGGGCAGUGCAGCUUACUUGUCGAGCGCUCACGUGUUUGAAACGUCUAGUCGAGAGCCGACAUUUCGAAGAGUCGACACAGCGACGGCUCGCAUUCCGGGAGUUUGGGACCGCAUUAGGAGUUACGUCGGUAACCACCCGAAAGAGCGACAGCGGUCGACUGUGCCGCGAGGGCGAGCUUGUUGACGACGAGAUAAGGGAUCUGCCGGAUCAGAUUUGUAGACAGUGGGAGGACGCUGGUUUGGUGCCGACGCCCACUGAGCAGAUGCAGGGACGUAUGGCAGAGCUGAUGCCCAUCACGGCGGUUAUGUACGCGAGCGCCCUGAUACCGGGUUUGAUGGUCCGGCAGUCGUGA